AUGAAAAACGUGAUCCUGUGGUCGGAGGAGGAGGUGUCGCGCUGGCUGACGGAGGAGGGGUUUCAGGAGUACCUGGAGGCCUGCGGGCCCCUGACCGGCCAGGCCCUGCUGGAACUCACCAGGGAGGACUUCCAGAGCCCGCCCCUGUCCUUGGUCACCUCGGACGGCGGGACGCAGCUCCUGGAGAAGGUGGAAACCCUGAAGAUCGAGCACCACAUCGAGGCGCACAAGAACGGGCACGCCAACGGCCACGCGGUGGUGGCGGGCGACGGGAAGGGCAAGAGGAACGGCGCGCUCAACGGCUUCCGCAAGGACGCCAUCCAGAUCCCCGUCCCCGAGCCGGAGCGCUCGCCCUACCCACUGGAGUGGGGCAAGACGGCCGUGGCCUUCUGCUACGCCGUGUGCUGCUUCGUCCUCACCACCAUCAUGAUCUCCGUGGUCCACGAGCGCGUCCCCCCCAAGGAACUGGACCCCCCUCUGCCCGACAAGUUCUUUGACAUUUUCGACAGAGUCGAAUGGGCCUUCUCCAUUUGCGAGAUCAACGGCAUGUUGCUGGUCGGCCUAUGGCUGCUGCAGUGGGUGCUGUUGAAAUACAGGUCCAUUGUUGGCCGGAGGUUCUUCUUCAUUGUUGGUACACUCUACCUGUACAGAUGUAUCACCAUGUAUGUCACCACCCUUCCAGUACCAGGGAUGCACUUCAAGUGUGCUCCAAAGCUGUUCGGGGACUGGGAGGCCCAGAUGCGCAGGGUGUUAAAGAUGAUCGCGGGAGGAGGCCUGUCCAUCACGGGAUCUCACAACAUGUGCGGAGACUACCUGUACAGCGGCCACACCGUCAUGCUGACGCUCACGUACCUGUUCAUCAAAGAGUAUUCCCCAAAGAGGUUUUGGUGGUACCACUGGCUCUGCUGGAUUCUCAGUGCUGUAGGAAUCAUCUGCAUUUUGCUGGCGCAUGACCACUAUACUGUGGAUGUAGUUGUGGCGUACUACAUCACAACACGCUUGUUCUGGUGGUACCACACCAUGGCCAACCAGCAGGUGCUAAAGGAGACGUCUCAAAGUAACUUUUUCGCGAGAGUGUGGUGGUACCGAAUGUUCCAGUACUUCGAACGGAACGUACAGGGCAUCGUCCCCCGCAACUACGAGCUGCCGUUCUCCUGGCGUUCUCCUCUGCACUGGGGUCACGUGAAGUACAGCAGGAUAGACUCGUAGUGACCGCCGCAACGCGACGGGCGCGUCCCAAGCUAGGGAACGGACCGGCAGAGACUUGCCCCGAAGUGCUACAAUCCAAUCACAAGAAGAUGCCCUGCGAACCCUUCGCUGUUCCUCCUUUAGUGAUGACUUUUGACGGGCCCACUGUCGAAGGUAUCAGCACUGUGACCCCCUGUUCUCCUCAGAAUUUCAUUUUGGAACGGAUCAGAGAACACGUUAUAAGCACUACUUUUAUCGGUAGGUUUUUUUGUAUUUUGCGAUUAGCGAGUGCUUCAUUGUAGGUCUGUCGCAUUUCAAGUAUAUCCAUGUAAUUAAAAAAAAAAGUAUACCGUUCUCUUUGAAAUUUGGAUGGAAGUCUGGAAUUUCUAGUAUGAGUUUCCCAGUAUCAAAGGUAUAAUAUGUAUAUAAAAAAAUUUAAGAAAAUGUGGUUUUUUUGUUUUGUUUUUUUUAAAGAAUAACAUUUUUGUAACUCCUCGAUAAACAUGACAGAGGUGCAAAAAGAUUUUUCUAUGUGCAUCACAGGUUUAUUUUUCAAACUAAUGCUAAAAAGAGAGACUUUUAGAUUUUUACAUUUGAUGAAAGCAUAGCAAACAGACACAAAUAUAAAAUGGUAUUUCAUGUUUUCUAGUGCCUUCCUCAUCUUGAUUGUACAGUCUUUUGGCGUGCUCAUUUAUGUAUUUAUGUUUAUUUUAAUAGCGGUGUAAAGUGGUACAUGAUUACUUUGGUUUAAACAAUGGAGAAAAGGCGUUGCUGUGUCAAAGCGGUUACCCAAAGCCUGUCUCGCAAAAGGUUUGUUGAAUGAAGGACAACAACCUCAAUGUUUUAUCCAUUUUCUGAAUGUAAGAAAUUUAGUUUGUAGAAAUGUCUUUCCUGGGCAAGCAAGCUUGAAAAUUUCAACAAAACGAGAAUUCCAAAUUUUUCAAUCUGAAUGUUCUAUUUUUUUUUUGUUCAAUCAUCUUUGCUGUCCUAUUGCCCUGUUUGUUUAUGCCAAACAGCUGUGUGGCUUGGGUUCUCUCCUAUUUGAGUCCCGGGUCCAUACAAUGGAAAGAGAAGUAGGGUGAGAGUCAUAGCUGGGAGAGGUCUUGUUGGUGUCUUGCCCCUUGGCACCUGCAUGACUGACAAAAAGAAUGUGACAUCCCCCUAACACCUCCCCCCCACCCGUCCCUGUUCUCCUCUCCUCAAGUUUAUACCUCAGAGCUAACCUGCAAACUACCCAAUGAGAGAAACUGCUGUCAGUGAUGUCAUGUUAGGGAGACAAGCAAAUAAAUGACAAACUUCCGCACACCCUGAAAAUUUUGUUUGGAGUCGUGUAUUUUAUUAUUAUUAUUAUUAUUAUUAUUAUUAUUAUUUUAUUAUUGUUAAUACCCUGUGCCAUUUACAGAAAAAUUAAUUCAAACUUUCAGAUUUUUUUGUUUGUUCUAGCUUUUACUUAUCCAUAUUUUUUUGUUAAAUGUUGCACAUGGUUUUGAAAUGGGCUUGCCCCAAUGCAUUGUGUACGUUGCACAGAUUAUUUUGAGCAACCAGAUACUCAGCUCCUGUCUACCUUCCACUCUCUAUUCUUAAAGGUGCGGUAUGUAAGUUUGAAGAAACGAGGGAGAGACCUAGAUUUUAGAAAAAAAAGUUCUACCCCCGUCCAGUAGCUCUCUCUCCACAAGGCCCACCCUGCAAACGCAUGUGUGCUGCCUGUCAUCUGAGUACUGUAGAGAGGACCCCACUGUGGUAAUGUCAAGUAGGGAGAGUGAAGCACAUCAUACCUCAUUCACAGGAAGAAUAUAACAAUUAAUUUUUUAUCAGUAUAUGCCGUUGUAGUCAAAAGCGGAACUGGUAAUUUUGACAGAUUUUUCUCUGCUAUUCUUGUUCUGUUUUCUAGGCUAGCUAUAGCACUGUCUCUGCAGUAUUUCUGCUCUGACAGCAGAACAUGAUUGACAGGCAGAGACCUGUCCUGAUUUGCCCCCUUGCAGAGAGCUGUCCUGAUUGGUUAUUAAGAUUUAGGCACAGUGAAAUUUAAGAGUGGCUGAUUUCAGAGUCUGAGGCAGUCUGAGAGACUGAAUCUUUUUCUUAAAGCUUGUCAUUUAUUGAUAUCUGUUGGGAUAUGAAGGAAUUUUUUUACCAAAUAUGAACAAGAAAAAAUCUACAUACUGCACCUUUAACUACUGGAGGUUUUGGAUGGUAACAGAAAGUUCUGGUGCUCUGUUACAGUACAGAAUGUCCCUCGCUACAGACAAUAGAUAAAAUGUCACUACUCUUACUGCAUUUUCAGAAGAUGCAUACAGUUUGAAAGCUUUGUUUCAAUGGGCUGGAAAUUGAAAAUUUAGGAAUGUUGGGAAAUGCUGUCAGAUUAUAUGAUCUGUGCUCCGGAGUCUGGAGAGCACUGAGCUGGGGGAAACCCUCCAGACUGCGGUCCCUCAUUGACUGGCUGACGAUGUGUCCAAUCAUACGUCACCCUGCAGGGCUCCCAGCCACAGUCAGCCACCGACAUUCAGUCCCUGUCAUAUAUCCCUACUACACCACGCAUCAGCCCAAUGGCAGGUUCCUUAACCCAACAGCAUUUCAAGGCAAAUCUCUAAAAUGGCAGUGCAGGAGAGUUUGAUAAAUUAGUGUGGUUGAAGAACACUGGUUCCACUUGCACAUGGCUCGCUCCUGUGUGACCCUCAUCUGAGACAAUUCCGACCCCGUGGUGUAACUAUAAUGGGGGGUACACGGUUGGAUUUGAGCAACUGAAAAUGGUUCAGGUUGUGAAGUAUGACCUGCAUAAAAGUGUAAAAUGUGAUGUGUAAGGAGUGUAAGAUUCAAGUCUGUUGAAUGGCAUGGAGGGUUAACUGCAUUAGUCCUGUUCAGAGAAGCAUUUAUUGGCUGGAGUUAUAAUGGACUAAGGUAAUAACUGUGGAUGAUUAAAUUGUGUUGGGGUAAAUGAUUAUGAAAGGUUUCCCAGGUAUGUUCUCAUUGUAAUGUAUAUGUAUGUAUUUACAGAACAUGCUGUGUAUGUCUGUUCUACCAGUCUUUUCCAUGAGUACAAUACAUUAACAAUACAUUGUAUACAUUGGCAAUAAUACUCCAGUCAAAGGUGUAGCCACAUAGGCCCAUUGAAACAGAGAAACCAAAUAAAACUCCUUGCUUCAGA